AUGGUGAAUAGCGAAGAAAGACUCAGGGCCUUGCAAACUGAGAUUGAGGCAAGGCUGGAAGCAAGUAACCUUGAGCAGAACACAAGGAUCACUGCUGGGCAACAACGAAUGGAGGACGCUAUCCUGGAGCUUAGAGCACACAUGGUGGAGUGGAAAGAUGAGAUUAUGGAGCUGUUACGGUUGAACAGACCACCCCCACCUUCCAUGGACCAACCCUCAGUGCAUGGACAUCCCCCACCUCCUCAGCAGAGUCCAGGGGAAGGCAGUGUAGAUCCAGGAAGAAGAAGACCAGGAAAAGAGCCUGUAGAGAGAGAACAAGUGGAGAUGGAAGAAGUCUCUGAUGGAGAUGAUGGCUUGCCAGAAAACCCUCUUGGUUACCAGGCAUUUCCUGGGAAUGCAGCUAGGCCAGGACUAGCUAGGAGAGUCCACUUUGGGGCAAGAGCUGGUCAACACAACCCAGGGGGUGAUCAAGGAAUAAGGUACAAACAUGAGUUCCCUAGUUUUGAUUAUGAGAAUCCAAGAUUGUGGGUGGUGAGGUGUGAACGAUUCUUUAUGCUAGCUAGGGUUCCCAGGGAAGAAAUAUUGCAUGUUCUGUGUGUCAAUCUAACAGGAAAGGUGGCCUUGUGGUAUGAGGGGUACCUAAAUGGCCUUAGGGAGGGAUUUCAGUGGGCAGUUUUUGCCAGGGCUUUGUGUAAAAGGUUUUGUGAGAACAGCACUGAUGUGAUGGAAGAGUUUGCUAGCUUCAAACAUACAGGGAAUGUCACUGAUUUUGCUGAUAAAUAUGAGGAGUAUAGAGGGCUCCUGUUGCAGAUUUACCCAUACCUAACUGAGCAAUAUUUCCUAGAUAAUUUCAUAGUCAGACUUAAGCAACAUUUAAGAUGCUUUGUGAGAACUGCUAAGCCUGCUAGUUUGGAGGAUGCUAUAUGGACAGCCAGGCAGUUUGAGAAGGGUUUGAAAACCCAUGAGCCUCAGAAGAAUACCUCUUACCCACAAAAAACAUCCUUCACUUCCCAAAACACCCAAGCCUACCCUAAAACUUCUAACCCCAAACACCCUGAGCCACACAGACCCCAAAAUAUCCAAAAUUUCCCAAAGACCUCAGCCUCAAACACAUUUCAAUCAAAUGCUAGAUCACCUGAAAUCAGCAAAUUCAAGAACCAGCUAAGAGAACAAAAUAGGUGUUUCAGGUGCUUUGAUCCAUGGAGCCCUGGGCACAAAUGCAAGAGUCCCACUUUCAACAUCAUUGAAGGGGUUGAGAACCUGGAUUGUGAGGAGGAAGCUAAUGAGGAGCAGCCUGUAAGUGUGGAAUCUGUAAUAGCCCCAGAAUCUGAAACAGUAGAGGUGACCCUUUGUGCUGUUAUUGGAGGAGAAGGGUUCAACACCAUUAAGUUGAUGGGAAGCAUUGGGAAACAAGCCAUUACAAUCUUAGUGGACAGUGGAAGCACACAUAGUUUCCUUGACCCCAGAGUUCUUAACCAGAUGAAAAUUAUACCUGAAAAGUCUAGUCCUCUCAUGGUGACAGUAGCAAAUUGGAACACCAUGGUUUGUGAUCUCAAGUGUGAUGGCCUUAAGUGGCAAGUGCAGAAUGUGGUUUUUGAAAGAGACUUUAGGGUGUUAAAACUGGGUGGUUGUGACAUGGUACUAGGCAUGGAUUGGAUUGACAACUUUGCUCCAAUCCCAUUGCACACCAGGCCUCCCGGCAUAUCAUUCCACAAAGAUGGCAGAAGGGUACUCCUAAAAGGCAUGACUAAGGGGGUCACCUUACACUCAGCCACUAAGAAGGAAAUCAGAAGAUGGAAGAAGGAGGGUGUGCAAGGGUUUUGGGUCCAAAGUACACCUCAACUUGCCAGGAAUGAUGGGUCCCUAUACUACCAACAAAUUGAUUCCCUCCCCAGCAACCCUGAAUUGGCUAAGAUCUUGCAGGAUUUUCAGGAUCUAUUUGCAGAACCUAAGACAUUACCACCAAGGAGACCAUUUGACCAUGAAAUUCCCCUGAUGCCAGGUGCUAAACCUGUGAACUUUAAACCUUAUAGGUACUCAUUUGUGCAGAAAAACACAAUAGAAAAGAUGGUUGAGGAGAUGCUGACAGCUGGAAUUAUCUCCCACAGUACAUCCCCUUUUGCUUCUCCAGUGUUGCUAGUGCCAAAGAAGGAUAACACAUGGAGAUUUUGUGUAGAUUACAGGGCCCUCAAUGAGAUCACCAUUAAGAACAAAUUCCCAAUCCCCUUAGUUGAGGACUUGUUCUCUGAAUUGGCCAAUGCUAAAGUUUUCACCAAGCUGGAUUUAAGGGCUGGGUACCAUCAAGUCAGAAUGAAAGAAGGAGAAGAAUUCAAGACAGCCUUCAGGACUCACCUAGGGUUGUAUGAAUUUAAGGUAAUGCCCUUUGGAUUAACCAAUGCCCCUGCUACCUUUCAAUCUCUCAUGAACUUUGUGUUUAAGCCAUUGAUUAGAAAGACAGUGUUAGUAUUCUUUGAUGAUAUAUUGAUCUACAGUCCUACAUUGAACACUCAUUGGGGUCAUUUAAGGGAAGUUCUGAAAACAGAGGUGGAGUAUCUUGGUCAUAUAAUUUCUGAGAAAGGACUGCAUACAGACCCUGCCAAGCUGGCUGCUGUGGCUUCAUGGCCUAAACCUGCUAACAUUAAGGAAUUGAGAGGGUUCCUAGGUCUUACAGGCUACUACAGGAGAUUCAUAAGAGCAUAUGGUAUUAUCAGCAGGCCUCUAGCUAACAUGUUAAAAAAGGAUGCCUUUCAGUGGAGUGAGGAAUCUGAAACUGCUUUUGAAACUUUGAAGCAAGCUUUGUGUGGUGCCCCAGUCUUGACUCUCCCUGAUUUUGAAAAAAGUUUUGUGGUUGAAGCUGAUGCAUGUUACAAAGGGAUGGGAGCAGUACUUAUGCAAGAAGGGAAGCCAGUGGCCUACUUUAGCAAGGGAUUUGGAACCAAGCAUUUGGGGCUGUCAAUUUAUGAAAAAGAGUACCUUUCCAUCAUCAAUGCAGUUGAUAAAUGGAGAUCUUAUUUAAUGGGAAGGCCAUUUACUAUCAAAACUGACCAUCAGAGUUUGAAAUUCCUCCUAGAACAGAAGAUAACAACAGCUAUGCAGCAAAAAGGGCUUACUAAACUUCUUGGACUGAACUACACCAUUCAAUAUAAAAAGGGGGUGGACAACAGUGUUGCUGAUGCCUUGUCUAGAAGGAGGGGGCCUGGUCAAGCUGAGAAUUUGGCAAUUUCAGCAGUAAGACCACUCUGGUUAGAAGAAGUCAUAAGAAGCUAUGAAGGGGAUGAAUUAGCUUCUAAGAUACUCACUGAGCAGUUGAUUGCAGUUGAAGAACCUUCAAAUUUUACAGUAGUUGAUGGAUUGGUGAGGUUUAAGGGAAGGUUAUAUAUUGGUCAGCAAGGGGACUUAAGGAGAAGGCUUCUAAUACAGUUGCAUAGCUCCCCUACAGGAGGACAUUCAGGCCAGCAAGUGACCUAUCAUAGACUCAAACAAUUGUUUUAUUGGAAAGGAAUGAAAAAUGAAGUGAUAGCAGCAGUGUAA